AUGUCAACGCUAGAACUUGAGUCUCUUAUUAAAGAACCAGACGAAAGUGCAAUCUCAGCUCAUGUUGUAGAUUUUCUCAAUGCUCACUUUAAAGAGUUAGAAGAUCUGGGAAAGUUGAACACAAUACUGUCUGAAGUAAAAAGUGACGAACAAAAAUUGAAUGAAAAUUGCGUCAAAGUACAGUCUAAAACUUCAGAAAUACUAAAACAUUCCCUUCAAGCUUUUAAUUCCACUGUCACAAAACUUGAGGAUUUUCAGGCCACUCGUCUAGAACUUGAAGAUGUAUUAACAGAUCAUUGCAAUAUCGUGACUUCUUCCAAUUCAUUGAGUUUACAAGAAAAUUUCUCAAAUGAAAAGACGUUAAUGGAUGAAUUAGUCAUGCUGCAACAACAGGUUGACAGCCUAGAAAGAUCAAAACAGUACCUCAAAGUGUUAGUUGUCGCUGAAGAAUUGAGUGCACAGACGAAGCAUUUAAUUGAAAGAUCACCACGCAAAGCUCUUAAUCCAUAUAUUCAACUUGCGAAUCUUUUACAUAGCAUAAAAUCUAAAAGUAAGGAUGCUGGACAUGUGGUCACUCAUUUGGACGUAUUUUUGCAACAAAGCGUGGAUGUACUUUGGGAAGACAUGAAAAAUAAAUUGAAAAAGAAAUUUCAACAAUCUCUUGAUGCGCUUAAUUGGCCAACGCCAAUAAAACUUCAUGAUCCACAAGUCACAACCGAUAAGCUAUCAUCAUUUAAAAAAGCAUUUACAGAAUUACUAUUAUUACAAAGGCCGAUAAUUAUUACCGAUGAAUCAACUUCUACAAAACCUUCUUCAUCCAUUGAUCAAAAUGAUGAACUUCCUCCUCUUUUACCAAUUCAAAUAAUGGUAGAACCUUUGAUUGUACGAUUUCGUUAUCAUUUCGAUUCAAAAAGACCGACUAGUCGCAUAGACAAGCCAGAAUGGUAUUUCUCUCAUGUUAUCACUACAAUACAUGAACAUUCUCCAUUCUUAACAGGUGCUAUACAAGCUAUUGUGGAUGAGGCUGGUUUUCAAGAAUAUCACGCAAAGAAUGAUUUUAUACGAUGCUUGCUUGUUGCUGUAACUAGAAAGUUGACCCAAAGUGUACCAACUUUAUUGAAAUCCCCUCAAAUAUUUUCGCAUACAGUUUUCGAAACUUUACAAUUUGAUCAAACACUUCGUGAAUUACAUAUGUAUAUUCCACCUGGUCAGAAAGAAUGGAAAGGAUGUGUUGAAGUUUUUACUGGAAAAAAAGAGACAUUCAAGGCUUGGUUAAAAGUUGAAAAAGAAUUUGCAGAAGUUCGUUAUAAUGAGAUAAUGCAUUCAGAAGAUGCCUGGGAAUUGAUAGAUGUUGAUGUUCCAGAAGAUGAAUUUAGACCAACUAAAUCAUCCGGAAAAUUAACCAAUCUUUUAGAAUUAAUCACAAGUCGUUAUAAAUUGUUGCCCAUGUUUCAUAAUCGUAUUCGUUUUUUGGUUGAUAUUCAAGCUGAAUUAUUAAUGUCAUAUGCGAAAAGAAUUGAUUCUGCUGUGGAUGCAUUUGAGAAAAGUAUUAGUUAUUCAUUUGUAAGGUCUGUUCCAAGUACUGCAAGUGCGGACGGAAAAUCACAUAGUGGUAUUGAAGAUUUAAAAAGGUUGUGCCGUUGGCUUAAUAGUGCUGGUUUUGUUAGUCGUACGAUUAAAGAAUGGGGCGAAGAUUCUUUUUUUCUUGAACUAUGGCAUGAAGUUACUUUACGUGCAUCUCGUAAUACCGGUAGUUCACCUUUUCUAUCACCUACUUCAUCAGAAAGUUCUGAUCAAUUGCAAGAGUCAUCAUCUGUACAUAAAGAAGAGCUGAUUACUGUUGAUGAAGGAACAGUUUUCGAUGAUCCUGCAGGAUUAUUUGAUAGUUCUUGUGAGAAGAUCCAAUUGUUAAUAAUAAAGAAUGUUUCUAAAGGGUUCUUUAAUGGGUCGAAAGCAUAUUACAGAAAAAAUAAUUGGUCACGAACAGAUAUUUACAAUCUCGAUCCUGUUAUAAUAUCUCAACAACCAUUAUUCAAACAAGCGGAAGUAUCAGCAUCUUCAAAUGAUGAUAAGAUCAAUAUAGAAAUCGAAUUAUCACCGGAGCUUUAUACUCCAUUAUCAGACUUGGCACACUCUCUCACAUUUUUAUCCAACCACUUGCCAGCAAGAGUUUUUAAAUAUUUAUAUAAAGAAAUAUCCAAAGAAAUAGAAGAUUAUUUAUGGAAUCGAAUAUUAAUGGGAAAUCAGUUUUCCGAAAUGGGUGGCAGGCAAUUUGAAGUAGAUAUGGAGAAAGGGUUAUUCACUAUUGGAAAAAGAUGGGUUCAGAAACCAGAAAAUUAUUUUAGAAGAUUAAAAGAUGCAUGCAUUCUGCUUACUAUUCCUUCAUCUUAUCAAAUAACAUCUGUUGUCAAACAAAACAACUCUAUUCAUCAAAAAACAUUAAGUCAAAUUAUGCGCAUUUUGUUUGAUAAUGAAUUAGAAAGUACAGAAAUACGUAAAAUGCUUGAAAGUUUGUGUGUUUAUCAUCUAUCACCAAAAGAAGCAAAAGAUGUAAUUAGAAGAAGAGUCGAAUGUUGGAAAUAA